AUGGACGUUGAAGACGUCAUCAAGGCGAUGAAAGCGUCUGUGGGAAAUCCACAGGUGCAGGAGAAAGGAUUCGACGCCUUGAACCUCUGUGUUGAAGAUCCCAAGAGCCACAUUGAGGUGGCCAGGCUGGAUGGUAUUGCUAUGAUUGUAAAGGCGAUGGAACAGCAUCAAAUGGAAGUACAGCUGGCGGCCAUGAACAUCCUGGAGAAGAUGACCUCGGGCGAUCCUGCGCAUACCAAAGCCAUGGUCAAUGUGCAAGGCAUCAAUGCCAUCCUCAACGCUAUGGCUCAGAGUCUGAGUAAGGCAGACUUGCAGGCAGCUGGGUGCAAAAUCCUGUGCAACGUUGCAAAGCACGAUGCCCAUUGCCAAGAGAAGGUUGCCAAGUCUGGAGCUGCUCAGGCAGUGCUGGAUGCCAUGCGGGCGCAUUGUGCUUCUGCGACCAUUCAGGAGCUGGGAUGUCAGGCCUUGAAGGAGUUUGCAGCCUUCAAUGCUGAGAGCCAGGAGGACAUCUACGUGCGCGGGGGGAAUCCAGGUGGUGCUCCGAGCUAUGGAGUCUUACCCGGAGUCAUGGGUUGUGGCGUCCUGCGGAAUUUAGCGGCCUGCAACAGUCAACAGCAGCAAGCCGUGGUGUCCCGCGGGGGCAUCCAGGUAGUCAUGGAUGCAAUGUCGGCGCACAAGGACCACGCCCUGAUGCAGUGGGCGGGAUGCUGGACACUGUUCUGCCUCUGCGUGCACAAUGCAGAGAUGCGGUCAGAGGUCUAUGCCUAUGGUGCCGCUAGAGCAGCGCUCAAGGCGCUCGAGGCACAUCGAUUGGAGGCCCGCGUGCAAGAAGCCGGCUGCUGGCUCUUGAAGGAGUUGGCAGAGCACAUGGCCAGCUGCAAGGACAGGGCGACCUUCUCGGCGGCCAUCCAGGCCGCAUUGAAGGCAGUGGAGAAGUACCCUGGGAAUCAGGCAGUUGAGAAAGCAGCAAGGACUGCGCUACAAAAGCUCUCCGCCUUUGACAAGGAGCACUCAGAGCACGCCAAGUGGUCCAAGACAAAAGUAACCCGUACCAGCCACAUUCUUUGA